AUGGCGAUGAUGAUGACUGGCCGUGUGCUGCUGGUGUGUGCCCUCUGCGUGCUGUGGUGCGGUGCCGGCGGAGGCGAAUGCACUGAGGUGGUGAAAGCGCCUGCUGAUGGUGCUGGGAGUGGGAGUGAACCGCUGGUGCAAUCACAAGAACUUGGAACGUCUCCACAAGGAUCACAAGAAUUAAAAGAUGGGGCGCCAGUUGUUAAAAAGGAAGCACCACCCGCACCUCCCACGCCUUCAUAUGAAGAGGACGAUGAUGAUGAAGAUAAUGAUGGUAAGGGAGACGGUGAUGGCCAAGAAGAUGAAAGCCCUUCAGAGCAUUUGGAAGAAACCGUGGAAGAUGCUGCAGGAAAAGAAAAAACAAAGACGCAAUUACAAAAUAAAGAACAGGAAGUAAGGCAACCGCCAAAAUCGCAAGUACAUGUACCACAGCAACCGCAGUCACAAACGCAACUGCAGCCGCAGCCACACACUCCUGCUUCAGAAGAGGGUGAAGGUGUUGGCGAGAACAAUGCGGGUGGAGCAGGUCAGCCCUCAUUGGGAGUAGAAAAUAAAGGAAACGCGGAUUCAAGGGCCCUCGGGAAAGGAGACUCAUUAAGGGGUCCAGGUAAAGAAUCAGAAAGCAGUGAACCGGUCCAAACGACGGUGCCAAACACAGUACCGCCGGAGCACAAAACUAAAAAUGAAAUGUUAACUCCGGAACAAAAGACGAAUGAAAGCCAAAGCACGGAUACAUCCACGAACCUACCCGAACUACAAAAGGAAAAUAAAGAAUAUCCUGCCUCUACGGAAGGUGCGGUGCAGAGUACAUCAACUGGCAUUCAAGAACAAGAAGCUGAACCAUCUACAAGCGAAGAACCUUCCCGUUUUGAGGAGGAACACUCCACAGGGACGAAGACAACCGAGGAUGCUCGAACUCCGGAUGCUGCAGCGACAGAAAAACGCCAAACUGGAGAUAAUGAAAAGGUUGGCGACAGUGACGGCAGCACCGCGGUCUCCCACACCUCCUCCCCUCUUUUGCUUCUUCUUGUAGCAUGUGCGGCUGCGGUGGUGGCCGCGUGA